CUCGCGCGCUUUUUUAUUUAAUUUUUCUCCCGCCAAAAUUCUCCGCGACGCAGUCUCCUCUCCUCCCCACCCCCCCCGACUUGGACGAGAGUUGAGCCGUCACGAUGAUCGCGGAGGCCUACGACUCGUCCGAGCUGCCCGACCUCCUCGGUGUCUACUACCGCCGCCUCUUCCCCUACGGCCCCUACUACCGCUGGCUCAACUACGGCGGGGUGGAGAAAAACUACUUUGUGAACCGAGAGUUCAGCUUCACGCUGAAGGAUGACAUCUACGUGCGCUACCAGUCCUUCCAGAACCAGGCCGACAUGGAGAAGGAGAUCCAAAAGUGCGUCCCGUACAAGAUCGACAUCGGCGCGGUCUUCUCGCACAAGCCCAACCAGCACAACUCUGUGAAGAUGGGCUCGUUCCAGGCACUGGAGAAGGAGCUGGUGUUUGAUAUCGACAUGACGGACUAUGAUGACGUGCGCUCCUGCUGCAGUUCUGCAGACAUCUGUCCAAAUUGUUGGCCGCUGAUGACAAUUGCUAUUAAAGUCAUCGACAGAGCACUGUCAGAGGACUUUGGGUUUGACCACCGACUCUGGGUGUAUUCUGGACGGCGCGGCGUUCACUGCUGGGUCUGCGACAUUGCAGCGCGCAAACUCUCACAGCCAGCGCGCUCUGCCAUCGCUGAGUACCUCACCCUUGUCAAGGGUGGAGAAGGGAUGAUCAAGAAAGUGAACCUCGGGGAGAAUAACAAUGUACACCCAUCCAUUAGCGCUGCAGUUCAAGUGGUGGAGAGGUACUUUGAAGAAUAUGCCCUUACAAAGCAGGACAUCCUGGGUACGGAGAAGGCCAGGGAGAAAGUGUUGGCGUUGCUGCCAGACAGUAUGCGGGAAGAGCUGAGGAAAGAUCUGCUCAUCCAGCCAAACUCGGUCAUACGCUGGGAGGUCAUAAAACAGAAAUUCAGUAAAGGUGGGGGCAACAUACCGGCAAGGCACUGCGUGUCGGAGGUGAUGCUACAAUAUUGCUACCCCCGCCUUGAUGUCAACGUCAGCAAAGGCAUCAACCAUCUGCUCAAGAGCCCUUUCAGCAUCCACCCCAAGACCGGCCGGGUUUGCGUGCCCAUCGACGUGGCCAGGGUGGAUGAGUUCGACCCCUUCACGGUGCCCACCAUUAGCCAGAUUUGCCGGGAGCUCGACCGAGCAGUGGAGCCGGUGACCUCCCCGGGGCAGAGCAAGCUGGAGGUAGAGAGGGCCAAGGAUGGCGGCGCGGGGGAUCUGGCAGCCAAGCGGCGCAGGGACUACAAGCGGACGAGCAUGGCGGCGAGCGUGCGCGUGUUCGAGCGAUUUGUGGACAAGCUGGAGGCUUCUUGGAAGGGAGAGCUGCUCAAGAAAAGCGAUCUGAAGAAGGAAUUCUAAACAUCCCAGACCUCGGAGGCUCAGCCGAGGGGAAGAGUGCACGGAUUGUUAUGUUGCUCUGCAACCCAAGGGCUCUCUGAUUAGCACCUCAAAAACGGCGUCUGCUAUCGAUGUGUUAAGUUGUGGCAGCAAGACAAAGAAUUGUUUUACAGCUCUGUUUAACCUUCCGGUAAACCUUAAACAUGUGGUAGCUUGUUCUAAAGGCAUUGCAACUCUUUCUGGGUACUGACCCAUAUGCUCUGUAUCGUACAGGUUUAGUUUUUAAUAAGUGGUAUGCGAAUUAUUCCACUGCAGUGGACCAUCUGUAUAUAUUCCAUUAUUUCUGUUUCUUUGAAUCCCAUUUUUAGGAUUAUGUCAAUAAAGUAUAUUUCUUACUGUU